GAUUGACAGAACGUACAGUUCACGUUUUGACGUCUCUUACGAUACUUUUACGCGUAGCAUACUUAACCACCGGUGGAUACACGUGAGCAGCCUCAGCCACGUGCUUCCGCCAAAGAGUAUCCGUUUCCAAUAUGAGUUUUCACCCUUUAGUUUCCGCCGCUUCCAACCGUGGUUCGCGUUCACUGAUGUUGCUGUUCGCAUUGCUCGAGUUGAGCGGAGCGGUGGACAAACCGGAAGCGGUGCUACUGGACUUCUUGACGAAGCCCUUUGCACCCUCCGACGGAGCGUCGGAACGGUGCCUCACAGACAGCGCGCUUUACUUGAGGGAACUCGAUUGGUACGCGCCAUGGGCCCUGCAAAUGUACGACGCGUCCGUGAAAAUUCCAACGGGCGUAAUCACGGGCAAUUACCAACAGCUAGGCAAUUACGACGAGUGUCUGCAAGUGAAAAGCGGACACGGAUUCACCGGGAAGGCCUGCACUGCCACGGUGAAUUUCGAAAUCGGCGAGGACGACGGAAAACCGCGUCAACGGCCCGAUAUGGGUGAUCUGUUUCGCAAUGUGGCAAUCGCAUCCGGAAAUCCAAAAUGGAAAUCGAACCGUACGGUGAACUAUGAGUGGAUGUGGUGCGUGCCAUCCAGCUGCAAUCACACGGAAAUACAGGAGACAUUGGAGAUCGUCCUCGACCCUCUCAAGGUGGAGGAUCGCGUAGAUAUGGUGGUGCACGUCUCGUGCCGAACCGCAGAAACCGAUCAGCCUGUUUUUGACGUAAUCGACUGGAUUUACAUAUCGAUCCUUGUGAUAUUCGUGGUGAUGAUAAUUGCCAGCACGAGUUACGAUAUUACUAAACAAGGCCAUCUAAGUACGUUGAACCGAAAAGACAAAAGACACGUGCUCCUGACCUCGUUCUCCAUUUACACGAACGGGAAGAAUUUAUUGCGAACCGAUAGGAGCCAAAACUCCAUCAGAUGCCUUGACGGUCUUCGUUACAUCAGUAUUUGUUGGAUCAUUUAUGGUCACACUCAUUACAUCGAGGCGGUUGGUGUUAAAAUGAAUUUGAACGAAAUUCCGCAGAUGCACACGAAUUGGGCAAACAUGCUGGUACUGAACGCGAACAUAAUUACGGACACGUUCUUUCUGAUAAGCGGCGUACUGAUGGCAUACACCAGCCUAAUAAAAAAUGAGAAGAAUCCUCGCGGUCAGUUCGACGUAUUUGGACUCUACAUCCAUCGUUACUUCCGGUUGACGCCGGCCUAUGCUAUGAUGAUCGGCUUUUAUGCCACACUGUUUUACAAAAUUGGCUCGGGUCCGCACUGGGACCAAUGGGUCGGCGCCAACAAGGAUUACUGCCGAGAAAACUGGUGGACCAAUCUGCUUUAUGUAAACAACUAUGUUAAUUUACCUAAAAUUUGCAUGUCACAAUCCUGGUAUCUGGCGACUGAUAUGCAACUGGUAUGGCUGUCGCCGAUCUUUUUAUACCCAAUGAUCAAGUUUACGAGAGGAAUCUUCUUCUGGAUCGUCUUUGCGUUUGGCUUUAUUACCUCGAUUCUGAUACCAUUUCUAAUUACGUUCACCCUAAACCUAACUGGAACCAUGCUCUAUUAUAAAGACAACAUGGACGUAGCCAACGUUUACAUAGAGAUCUACACAAAAGUUUACAGCAGAUACGGAUCUUACAUCAUCGGUCUUGCUGUCGGUUACCUUUUGUACAAAAAUCAGUCGAAUGUCAUCAAAAUUCGUCGUAUGUAUGUGAUUCUCGGUUGGCUGGUAGCGGCGAUAUCCGGCUCCUUUAUAUUCGUUUGCCCCCGUUGGAUGUAUUUCGAUGACUACGCCUACAAUAGCAUCGAGGCAAGCCUUUACGCUGGUUUCCACAGGCAAAUUUUCGCCCUCUCCAUCUCCUGGAUUAUCUUCUGCUGUUCUCAUAGCUAUGGUGGUUUCAUUACUCAACUUUUGUCCUGGAAGGGCUGGGUUCCCUUCAGUAAACUAACGUACAGUGCUUAUUUAUGCCAUUACGUUUUCCUAUUGACGGAAGCUGGAUCGGUCCGAACCACUGGGACUAUUUCUGCUAUGGCAAUUCUUCGUAGUUUCUUCAGCAACCUGUGCCUUACCAUGCUACUCGCUGUACUUUGGACUCUAUGUUUCGAGAUGCCGUUCAUGACCCUCGAUCGUGCCCUUCUAUUAAACGGCAAACGACAAUCGAAACUCUCGAAACCGAACGAUUUCAGCUCGACCGACUCCAACAAAGAGAUCUACCGUUCCACAGAGGAAUCUACAGCGACGUUGUCCCAAAGUUGCGAGAAUGUUUUACGAAAAUCGAGCAACGGCAGCGUGUAUAAUAACACGGAGACUUAUCAAGGAACUUACCAUUCCAUUUCUACGCAGGACCUCAAAUUAGGUGACAGAGAUGACAAGUGUCCGUUCAUUUUUGUGAUCAGAUCAGAAGGUAGCGACAGUUGGCAGAAAAACGUUCAUCAAAAUAACGGGUUUGAUGAAGAUACCGAAUCGUUUCAAGCGAAGGACAAAAUAGAUCAUUCGUGAGUCGAUUGUGACCAAGGAUUCAGUCAGAAUGAGAUUUAGGGUAUCAGAUCAGGUGAAUAGUACUCGGCACAAGGUGUUGAUUUGUUGGUAAGAGGAAUUAGCUUGCUGGUCAAGCAUUUUUUUAUACGAAUAGAAGAUUAGGAGAAUGAUGUAAAUAAUACAUUAUGAAUUUAUACAAAAAUUGUGACAGCUUCAAUUUCAGUUUUAAAGUUCUUGAUUAAGUUAAACAAGAUUCUGUCUUAUCUAGAGCUUGAGAAUUAAAUUACAGUAAUUAAAUGUAACAACAAAGUGUGAUUGCAAUGCAAAAAGUUGCUGGAGCUAUUCUCAUUUCGUGAAUUGAGAACAAAUAUAUGUCGAAUAUCACAAGCACGAUGUUGACAUUUUGUGUUUGAUACUGCAAUAUUUUGCGUAUUUUAUCAUUGUUGUUUUUGUUGUUCUUAUCACGCAGGAAUGGAUACGAACAGUCACUUUUUGUACAAGUCGGUGUUGAUUCAUCGACCUGGAAGUAAUUUAACGCGAACGCGUAGUUAGGUGUAUAGGAAAUUAAGGUACAAAUCAGCUGUGAAACACCCAUAUAAUAAAAUUAAUUAGAGACUACAUUAUUUAAUUGAUAAAUAAUUUGGGAAACGGGAAGAAUGUUAGUGAAACGAAAGAAAAUAAGAUCGUUCAUCGUAAAUUGGUACUUUGAAAAUAGGCGUCUCUAAUGUUAGUUAAAUACGUAAUUAUAUCAAUGAUAGUGUCCAUAAUAUAAGUAACAAUGCGAUGAUCUUGUACGAUGAUUAUUAUCAAUUGAAGCGGUAGGAUUAACACAAUUUAAUGCACAAACGCAACACAGUUUUCGUCACUUCAGCUAAUUUUUGCUUAAAUCUUACAAAUUAAUUUAGUCGUUAAUGUAACUCUGGUAAAGUAUGGAGCACAGUAUUAUUAUGCUAUAUUUUAUUAUUACAAUGUUCUUUAAUACGAAGACCAAUCUUAUGUACACGCUGAAUAAUUCUAUGACUCAGCGAGCUUUUUACCAUAUUCUAUAAUAAGAAAAAGAGAGAUGAAUAAAGAUUACUGCGAUGGGUAA